GCAAGACCAUCCCCGGAUGAUAACUCUGGCGGAUUCGAUUUCCCCAACUUUCUCUCUAGAACUCUUUUCUUCAAACUAUUUCAAUUGAGAGAAAGAUUUAACACAAUGGCCGCCCCACGACUCAUCACUCGCUUCUUGCGACCUUCUACACCCUCCCUCCCCUUCACCACCUUCACCCGCACCUUCGGAAGCUCGGCUGUUCACCAGAAAGACAACAGCAAUGUGAACGAUCGCGCACCCUCGACGGCGCCUGCGCACCGUGAGAACCAGACCUCCAAGCCCCCGAAUCAGUUCGUCCCGAACACCACGUCGACCAUGACCAAGGACUUCCCCAAUAUCGGCGAAAGGCCUGCGCCGCCGGAUAUGUUGAACUCGGUCGACCCGAACUACAGGCCUGCCGAUCCGUACCCAGGAAAGGUUGAGCAUUUCACUGGCGGUAGACAGGCGCCUGGUGCGCAGAAGCCGGAGCUGGGUGUUGGUGAGAUGGAGGGUAUUACCUUCAAGGUUGAGCCGCUUAAGCGGAAGGGCGAGGAUCCGGCGACCAUGAGAGCUCGGUUAUUGUACCAAAGCCGUAAACGGGGUAUCCUCGAGUCCGAUCUCCUCCUUUCCACAUUUGCCGAUGUCUACCUUGCCGAGAUGACACCCGAGCAGCUGCAGGAGUACGACCGUUUCCUCGACGAGAACGACUGGGAUAUUUACUACUGGGCCACCCAGGACCCACCAACAGAAGAAUCGCCAGCCGAAGACACCCUGACAGAGACCUGGAAGCGCACCGGCGCCAAGAGCGGCGAGUGGAAGCAGACCAUCGGUGCCUUUAAGGCGGCAUACCGACCUGUGCCGACACGUUGGGCCGAGUCGGAUAUCUUGGCCCUGCUCAGGCAACAUGUGCGUGACAAGAGCGCGACUGGAUUUCACUCCGCGAAGAAUAAGAAGACUGCGGGUGGUGGGCUUGGAAGAAUGCCCAACGUCCAGAUCUUUGACUAGAGUGGGUUGAUCAUGGUUCGUCUUUGAAAAGCGUUAUACAAAAGGGUUAUAUUUCGAUACUGCAUUUGUUCCUUGGGGCUUGUAUAAUACGCAAUUGAUCUUUUGCAAUAUGUACCAUUUGAAUGAUAUCGUCUUUGGAUGCUAGUUGUUUAACAUCAUAGCUGUGCUGUCUUGGGGCAUGUAUAUGGAUGCUGUGACAGGCCUGCAGAAGACAGUUGACCCACUAUUUCGUAGAAUAUGC